CAUUGCUAAAACGAGUUGCUAUGAAGCUCCCCUGGAAUUUUGAGUGGCCCGGCUAGGUUUUCCAGGAGAGUGCGCAGGCAUUUCGAUCGAUCGAUCGAUCGAUCUCACCAGGCGAUUGGCGCACACGCGUUGGAUCGAAUCGGUCGUCGUGGCGUGAUUAAGAGGUCCCAGGGACCAGCUGUGUGAUGUGAGCUCCUCUACCAAAAAUUUCUCCCAGGAUCCAUUGUGUUCCUCCUUGCGCAUUAAUUGCGUAUAGCGCUAGAUCUUCUCUUCUCGGCCAAUUCAUUCCCAAGGCAUAGCUGGCAGUCCCUCGUUGCGUACGCAUUUGGGGCUUGAUCUUCGGCGUGGCCAAGUCAUUGAGCUUUUUGGUUGCUUUUCUUUUCUUCCAGUGGAUAGUGGAUUGCAACUAUAGCAGGAGUUAAGGUAUCAUGGUCCACUUUGGACAUUAUAUCUUGGCGAACAGAAUUCCAGAAUGGGAAAGUCACUACAUUGGCUACAAGGCUCUGAAGAAGAGGAUAAACGAGUAUGCAGCUCGCGCGUCUCAUGCUUCCUCGGAGGAAAGAGAGCAAAUCAUAAGCUCUUUUGCGCAACUUCUCGACUCACAGGUGGAGCGAAUUGUGCUGUUUCUCAUGGAGAAGCAAGGACUUCUCGCAGAAAAGCUGCUGAAGCUGGCCGAGAAGCAGGAAAAAUCCCUUGCCACCAUGGAAAUUGACGUGGAGGCUGCGACAAGCUAUCACCUAAUUGAGGAAUACAGAGCUAUUGGACAAGAGCUUCUCAAGCUUUUGAACUUUGUGGAGAUGAACACCACUGGCCUCAGGAAGAUACUUAAAAAAUUUGACAAGCGCGUUGGCUUUCGUUUCAGAGAACAAUAUCUGGCGUCCCGAAUAAACCACCCUUAUUCUCAACUACAACAAGUCUUCAAACAAGUGGGUAUUGGAGCUCUAAUGGGAACUAUAGCUCAAAAUCUUGCUCAGCUGAGCUCCGGGCACAGUCACAGACAGAGUUACUUCUCUCUCUUUAGAAAGUCAUCUCUUCCUAUCGAGCAUGAACCUAUAAUCAAGGCUCUCGAAGGAGCACUACACAGGCUUACAAAAGAAGUGACUUUUAUGUCCUUCGUUGCAAAUGACCUGCUCUUACCUGAACCGUCUGACCAUGCUUUAGAAACUGCCGAUGAGCGAGAGUUCCAUUUCAUGUCGGUCCAGCUCAACCUAUGGAAUACUUUCCUCUACAUGGCAAACUACUACAUUAUAGUUCCCACUUCAGAUGAUUAUGCCGAAACUUUACACGUUCCUGGAACCAUGAACGGGGUGAUUAUUGGAGCCAUGCCACUGGCAGCACUUGUGUCUGCACUGGUUUAUAGCUGGUGGUCGAACUUCUCUUACAGAGCUCCACUGUUUAUAAGUACGCUGCUCUUGAUGGCCGGCAAUCUCAUGUACGCGCUGGCGUUGCCCUUCCACUCGUUCUGGUUUUUGGUCAUAGGACGUGCCUUGAGCGGGCUGGGAGGUGCAAGGGCGAUCAACCGGCGAUAUCUUAUGGAUCAUGUUCCUGUUAAGCACCUUACAAACGUAUCAGCGUCGUUUGUUAUCGCCAGCUCGCUAGGAAUGGCGGCUGGCCCUGCACUUGCAAGCCUCCUCAUCAAGCUAGACUUCCAGAUGCUAGGCUUUCCAGUGAACCAAUUCACGGCUCCUGGAUGGGUGAUGUUACUUCUUUGGGGAAUAUAUCUGAUCGUUUCACUCUUUGCAUUCAAAGAACCAAAGCGGCUGAGCGUCAACCAUGACACAGAAAACCAGGUUCACAGUGCUUUUGUAGAUGAUGGUUCGGAUUCUGGUUCUGGUAUCACUGACCCUUUAUUGGGAGAAGAAAUGGUUCCGGCCAAAGGCAGGAAACCUGCUGGAAGUAUUUCAGAACUCUUCAGGGCGAUAAAUACACCAGUACAGAUCUUGCUCUUGGUGUAUUUUAUGCUCAAGUUUGCCGUGGAAAUGUUGGUAUCCGAAUCUGGGAUUAUCUCUGAGUUUUACUUCCAGUGGAGCUCUUCACAGGUGGGAUACUUCUUAGGAGCACUUGGAUUGGCUGUGCUUCCAAUUUGUGCAGUGGUUGCUAACUAUAUCAGCAACACAUUCGCGGAUAGGGUCGUAAUUUUUUGGACAGAGAUUCUAAUUGCAUUAGGAGUCAUUGCAAACAUCUGCUAUUAUCCAUUAUUCAGAUAUACCACAGUGCAAUAUGUUGCUUCGGCUAUUGUAAUUUUCCUUUCAACAAAUGUGCUUGAAGGGGUUAACAUGUCACUUCUUUCCAAAGUAAUGCCGUCGCGUCUAUCUAGAGGAGUUUUCAAUUGUGGAUUUCUUUCCACUGAAGCUGGGACACUAGCUAGAGCAUUAUCUGAUGGAUUAAUAUCUUUGGCUGGUAAAGCAGGAAUGGAGUACCUUCUUAUUGUUACUAUGAUUCCAACUCUAGUGCUUGUCUUGGCAACAAUUGCCUGCACCUGGAUUGGGUAUUAUACACUCUAUUAACCCAUAAAUAUUUGCACUCAAUUUUGAGUUUAAAAUUUUGCAUUUUGCUGUAUAAAAUACUGUAUUAAACAA